GACCAGAGGUAUCCGAGUUGUUUAUUGGACACGUGAUGUAAACUUAGGCACUUCCUCCAGCAAUCCCAACCUCCUCUUAGCACAGCCCUUUUGGGAGUUUCCUUUUCCAGGGCUUAGUCGCGCUCCUCCCGCCUUUUUGGUUCUUCUUCGUCCUCCCUCAGAGACUGGGGUCUCCCGCCUCAGUUUCUUCUCCAGUACCCGCGAGGUGGGUGCCCCAGUGCGGUACCCCAGCCUCUUCCCAGCUCGCGGCACCUGCCCCGCCUUCCAGCCCCGGGCCGGCUCGCGCGGCGCAGGCGCACCGGCCGCGGCCCUGAGGCCGAGCGCGACCUCAGCAGCUUCUGCCUCCGCCUCCUGCAACCGUAUCCGCGCGGGGCUAGUCGGCGGUCACCGAGACCGCGCUGGGCAGAGGCCCCGCGGGCCGCGCGUCGCCAUGGGCGCGGGCUGGAGCAGCGAGGAGGAGCGGCAGCCCCUGCUGGGGCCCGGGCUCGGGCCUGCGCCCGGGGCUGUCUGGAGAAGCCGGGAGGCGGCGGCGGCGGCGCUGCCCGCGGCGGCCCCGGGGCCCGGGCGGGUGUACGGGCGCCGCUGGCUGGUGCUGCUGCUCUUCUCGUUGCUGGGCUUCGCUCAGGGCCUGGUCUGGAACACCUGGGGCCCCAUCCAGAACUCGGCGCGCCAGGCCUAUGGCUUCUCCAGCUGGGACAUCGCGCUGCUCGUGCUGUGGGGACCCAUUGGCUUCCUGCCCUGCUUCGCGUUCAUGUGGCUCCUGGACAAGAGAGGUCUUCGGGUAACUGUGCUUCUGACAUCCUUCCUUAUGGUUUUGGGAACUGGUCUAAGAUGCAUACCUGUAUCAGACUUAAUGCUUAAAAGAAGACUAAUCCACGGAGGACAGUUGUUGAAUGGAUUGGCAGGCCCAACGGUGAUGAAUGCAGCUCCAUUCCUCUCUACGACGUGGUUUUCUGCCGACGAACGGGCCACUGCAACAGCCAUUGCAUCCAUGCUCAGCUAUCUUGGUGGAGCAUGUGCAUUUUUAGUGGGGCCACUUGUUGUUCCAGCCCCCAAUGGGACGUCGCCUCUUCUUGCUUCAGAGACAAGCAGGACCCACAUUAAAGAUCUCAUAGAGACUGUAUUGUAUGCAGAAUUUGGAGUUGUCUGCUUACUAUUUUCCGCAACACUAGUUUAUUUCCCACCCCGGCCUCCACUUCCUCCCAGUGUUGCUGCAGCUAGCCAGCGGCUGAGUUAUCGGCGGAGCUUUUGUAGAUUAUUAAGCAACAUGAGAUUUUUGAUGAUUGCUUUAGCGUAUGCCAUACCACUUGGUGUAUUUGCUGGUUGGUCUGGAGUUCUGGACUUAAUUUUAACACCAGUGCAUGUUAGCCAGGUAGAUGCUGGCUGGAUUGGAUUUUGGUCCAUAGUUGGAGGCUGUGUUGUUGGAAUAGCUAUGGCAAGGUUUGCAGAUUUUAUCAGGGGUAUGCUGAAACUAAUUCUUCUCCUCCUGUUUUCUGGGGCUACCCUCUCAUCCACGUGGUUCACCCUGACCUGUUUGAACAGCAUCACACACCUGCCUUUAACCACAGUGACAUUGUAUGCCUCCUGCAUUCUCCUGGGAGUGUUCCUGAAUAGCAGUAUACCUAUAUUUUUUGAGCUUUUUGUGGAAACUGUCUACCCAGUUCCAGAAGGAAUUACUUGUGGAGUUGUCACUUUCUUAAGUAAUAUGUUCAUGGGAGUACUUUUAUUUUUUCUCACAUUUUAUCACACAGAGUUGUCUUGGUUCAACUGGUGCCUUCCCGGGUCGUGUUUGCUCAGUCUCCUCCUCAUUCUGUGCUUCAGGGAAUCAUAUGACAGACUCUAUCUUGAUGUGGUUGUCUCAGUGUAAUAGCGCAGACGUGAAGGAGUUGAAAGAGGGACUGGAAGUUGUACCACACGUUUGCUUGGAGUUGCACACCUAACAGGAGAAAAAAAGGAGAAGAGAGAAACUUCACUCAGCGGUGUUGUUAGGUUACAGAUGAUCGCGUUCAUUUCAUGACUACUAGGUAAUAAUAACGCGGGACCGGAGGGAUUGUAGGGGAUCGAAAG